AUGGCUCUUCGCUAUGCAUUGAAACCAAGAGGAUUUCAAAAUUACUGCCGGCAUGUUUUCAAACCACCUGGCAGCCUAGCUCGCUCUGUCUCUGUGGAUUCGCGCUUCUUUUGUCAAGGCAGUUCCGAAGACAUUCAACUUUCCCGACCAGUACAGCUUGCAGGACGUAAAUACCUUGCCGGCUCGUUCGUUCCUGGCUUCCCCGAGCAACUCUCCAGUCCUAGGGAAGGCUUCCCUCUCGUUCUAAAAGCAAGGACCGACGCCGAUUUGGAAAGCAAAAGCAUCGAAUUUUGGUCAGAAUGUUUCAAGGAGCAAAUUUCAGAGCUGUAUAAAGAUUUUCAGAACGGUAACAGCGAGCCAGUCGCCGUAUUACUUCGCGGCUUGCCGAUUAAAACCACCAAAGAUUUCUCUCGCUUCGUAAAGGGCUUGAAUUUCGAGCACUUUGUGUAUCAGGGGGGCUUAAGCGUUCGUGAUGAAGUCGAAGACUUUAUACUGUCCGGAGCGGGAGAACCGAAAGAGUUCUCGAUCGAGUUGCACAAUGAAAUGUCUUACAGUACAGAUUAUCCAAGCAAGUUCAUCAUAACAUGUUUAAAAAAGUCUCUAUUCGGAGGCGAAACGGCUAUAUGUAAUGGUCGAGAACUGACUGCGAAUAUAGAUGCUGAUUUGAAGGCGAAAUUCGAACGAAAAGGCAUUCGGUAGGUGUAAUUAGACAAUAGAGAAUUUAAGUUCGACUUCCGAUACCAAUACCGAUACUAACAACAUGUCAUGCGCAUGCUCUCUGCUCGCAAGAAGCACGAGGACAAGUGUAUUGGAAGUCGCCACUACCGAAGUCGGCCUUGUAUUGGAAGUCGGGGGAAUUGUAAGAUAAACUCAUAUAAAUCGGAUAUUUCAUAAUUUUUACGAUAAACAUGUAAACUAUUUGCCUAUUAGCAUCGCCUGAGUCAUGUUUUAGUCGGAAUUUUAGGUCAGCUGCCGUUUAGUAUACCGCACAUUUUCGGUUCUAUACUUUAUCUGUCGUGAUAACUUAACGCUUUAAAAUUCCCGGUACCAAAAUGAGAACGGAAGUGAAAACAUUUGUAUCGGUAUUGGUACUGGUAUUGGAAGUCGAACUAAACUCUCUAAUAUUGAUAUAAAUUGAUAUAUAUUAUAAAAUAAACAAGACGCCUUCCCAAAGGAAGUAGGGCUAACAAGACGGGUAUAAUAAAAACGGGUAUAAUAUCCCAGUUCGAUAUUGAAAGAUACUUAAAAUUUCAAACCCUGUAUAUUAAUACGCAGCUGCUUUGUUCUGAUGCUCUUCCAAUUUUGUACGUAUCAUAUCUCGCCCCAGCCAAUCUCGUACCCAGAGCAAUGCCUGUGCGCGGGCUAGGAUGGCAUUGGCUCUGGGGAAAUUGAAUUUUUCCCGUGCUGUGAUUGGUUUAACGUUUAUCAAUCGUGCAUGCCGGCAAAGAACCGGAACCUCUCAAUUUAGGGGUUCCGGUUGUCAGUUUCCCCAGAGCCAUCCUAGCCCGCGCACAGGCAUUGCUCUGGGUACGAGAUUGGCUGGGGCGAGAUAUUGAUACGUACAAAAUUGGAAGAGCAUCAGAACAAAGCUGCGUAUUAAUAUACAGGGUUUGAAAUUUUAAGUAUCUUUCAAUAUCGAACUGGGAUAUUAUACCCGUUUUCAAAAUUUCCACAGUUCAAGCGUGCUGUACCGAAGCGUAUCAAAAACAUUUUUAAAUUUCAAAAUUUAGUGAAUGUUGAUUGGUUAAUACUUCCGUAGUACGCCAAAAAGUUGACUUGCGACAAACUUUUUAUUUUGAUACGCGAAUACACCCGGAAGUACGUGGAUUUAUAAACGUAAACCUCUUUUCAAUAUGCGCAUGCUCACCAGUACGUUUCGGUACGGUUGAAGUGGAAAACUGGCUUUAUAUUUGGGGAGGCUUAUACUCGGAAUUGCCUGAGUGUAAGUGAAUCAGUGGUGGGCUUAUAAACGGGGCCGGGGGGCUUACAUUCGGGGGCGGGGAUAUAUUCGGAGGUUUACGGUAUUUUAUUUUCCGCGAAUCGUGAUUUAAAAAACCGCACAAUUUUCACAAAACAUACUGUUUCCCGAAAUUCCCAGUCAAUUAAGAGGAGAAUCUUUGGCCAGUAUGUCAUGUAAUACGCGCUCAAAACUAAUAAAUAUGCUUUUUCAUUUGGUUUCAAUUUUUUAAAUUUUUGACACGUUUCUCAAGCGACAAACAAACAUAAAAAGUAUGUUUGAUGUUUUAUUCGUAAAUUUAUGCUAAAAUUAAGAGAUUUUAGAUGGUACGCCAACCAGAAAAUGAUGUCUGAAGUUCAGUAAGUUUUGCUUAUAUAGCUGUUUGAAUAUGGCGUCAAUUUUACAGUAUCAAUGAUAAUUGUAUUUAAAUUGACAAUAUUUUACUAUUAUUUUAUGUUUCUCAACCGCCAGAUACAUUUAAAAAGGUUGCUAAUUACUGUGUAAACUACAAAAUAAAGCUGAAACAAAGUAAUUUUGAGAGGAACACCAAAAAGAUUUUAGGUUUUGAACACUUUGCAUCGCAAAUACGCGACAUUGAAAAAAAUUGCCUCUUAAUGUUAAUUAUUCUUCCUUUUGGGAUAGCAAUGCCUCCUUCCAAAAGUAACCAACAUCCCAAAAUUCAAAAGUAAAUAUAAUAUCUGUUCCAUUUAUUCUUAGAUACAUGCGCUAUAUCUUCGACGAAAGCGAAGGCUCUUUGUACUCUUGGCAGCGAAGCUUAAUGACUCACGAUAAAGAGGAGGCAGAACAGUUCCUUACUGCCAAGGGGUACUCCUUUAAGUGGGAUGUCAAAAACCUGAUCUAUUGGAAUGACUCCGCAUCAACGAUAAACCAUCCUCUAACUGGAGAACAACUAUGGUUCAAUCAAGCAUAUCAAUCAAAUUCUACUUACUAUAGGGCAAUGCCAGUGUAUGAGAACAGCGAUUUAGCGGAUGAGAAAUAUCCAUAUACUACGAUUCAUGCUGAUGGUGAUGUUAUUGAUUUAGAUGAUUUGCAUAAAUUAAGGUGUACGUCAUGGAACACUGCGGUUGGAGUCUCAUUGGAGGAGAGCGAUGUGUUGUUCCUUGAUAAUUUGGCUGUACUUCACUCAAGAAUGAGCUAUGAUGGUGAUCGAGCCGUUGCGACAAGCAUUUUCAAGUAG